AUGGUCGAAUAUAAACUUCAAGAACCUCCAUAUGUGCCUUGCCAAGAGCAAGUGAAGCCUCCACUCUUAGAUCAAGGACCUUCAAACUUGGUCACAACCGACGAAGAAAAUAUCACUUCUGAUAAGGAUUGGAUCUCUCGUGACAGACAGUGUGUCAUUCACGGUCAUCAACACCAUGUAAAUCCAAGAGAUUCUGUGAUUUUCCAAAAAGCAUUUGGUACUUCAUAUUGGGAUGUAAAUAAUGUUGAAUACAUCGACAUGAUGGGUGGUCUUCAUAACAAUCACGUGGGUCAUGGAAGAGAGGAACUUGCAAAUGUUGCAGCCAAUCAAAUGAAGCAAAUGGAAUUCUCCUUAAACGUUGCUUCGUAUUCACAUGUGUGCGUGAUUCAAUGUGCUGAGAAAAUUCUUUCCAUUGCCAAAACUGAAUUACCCUCCAUGGACAAGGUGUACUUUACAAGUGGUGGAAGCGAGGCAGUGGAAAGUGCCAUUCAUUGUGCUCUUAAAUAUUGGCAAUUACAAGGAAAGGACUCAAAAAGAAGAAUUAUCUCCUUCAAAAAUUGUUAUCAUGGAUCUACUUUCAUUUCAUCCUCUCUCAAUGAGUCCAUGAAAGAAGAAUAUGGACUGGAAAGAGUCUCAAAAGAACAAACUAGUUGUUUGAAUGUUGACUUUCCUCAUGACUUGGUCAUUAAUAAGGACUCCCAUGGCAAGCAGCAUGUCAAUAACGGAUUUUACGUUGCAGAGCAAUUAGAAAAUUUGAUAAAGCAAGUGGGAGCAGACAAUAUUGCUGCAUUCAUUGCAGAACCUAUUCAAGGGUCUGGAGGGGCGCUAGAACCUCAUCCAGACUUCUUCCCUCUAUGUAAAAGAAUUUGUGACAAGUAUGGUGUCCUACUCAUCAUUGAUGAGGUCAUGACAGGAUUUGGUAAAACAGGUAAAUGGUUUGCCAUUAGUCAUUCCAAUAUUGAGCCAGACAUGAUUGUGUUCGGUAAGGGUGUCACGAGUGGCUACGUCCCAUUAGGAGGAAUAAUCAUUUCCAAAAACAUUUUCGAAUGUGUAUUCAAAUCUGAGGAAACAUUCUUGCAUGACUAUACCUAUUCUGGGCACCCUGUUUGUUGCAUGGUCGCUCUCAAAAACUUGGAAAUUAUUGAAAAUGAAAAACUCAUUCAAAGAGCCAAAGCCAUGGGUGAUCAGUUCAGAAAUAUUUUGGCAGAACGAUUGAGAGACUGUCCACUCUUUGCAGGUACCUCGGGAAUGGGCCUCUUGAUCGGAGUCAUGUUGAAAGAGAAGGUAUCUUCCAAAGUGGAGCAUUAUCUUUCUCAUCAUUGCCAUAUUCUUGCAGAUCAUUGUGCUCAGAAUGAUAAAGUAGUGAUCAUGACUCCUCCCUUCAUCAUUGAAGAAGAUAGGCUUAACAUGGUUGCCAAUGGCUUUUAUGAUGCUCUCCAAUCCGUUGGUUCUUCUCAGAGCUCUUCUUCUGUUGGUCCUUCAAAAUCCGAUGAAUAA